AUGUACAAUAAAUUGACCAAAGUGGCACCUAUUGCUCUCUCUGCAGCUGAAAUAAACAAGAAACUUGCCGAAAUACCCAGUUGGCUAGUCGUGAACAAUGUAUUGACAAGGGAUAUUAGAUUCAAGGAUUACGAAACAACAUGGGCAUUUCUCAAUCAGGUUGCAAUGAGAUCACAUUUGUGGGGUCACCACCCAACUAUUACAACGACGUAUAGUCAGGUCAAACUAGAACUUACUACUCAUUCUCUCGAAAAUAAGGUUAGCGACAUCGAUCUGAAACUUGCGAAAAGAUAUGAAAGAUAUGUAAACCUCUACGAAAAAAAUUGA